UCUUUUUCUAGUUUCAGUUGGUAUGCCAAGACUGGAAGAGAACUUCAGUUGGAAGCAUGCACAAUAUAGGAUACAUGUUUGGGCUUCUCACUAUUGGACCAUCGUCUGACAGGUUCGGCAGGAAAACUAUGGCUAUAGUAACAUGCGUAGCAGGCGGGACGCUGGGAUGCAUGAAGAGUUUUGUCACAUCAUAUUGGCUAUACGUAUCUCUAGAGUUUAUGGAAGCGGCAGUCGGUGACCCUAUGUCUCCUGUGUAUAUGCUAGGUAUAGAAAUGGUGGCAACCAAGUCACGGGUCACAUAUUCGACUAUAUUCAUGACGGGUCUUGGUAUAGGAGGAAUUAUAUUUGCCUUUGUUUCUUGGCUGAUUCCCUACUGGCGAACGUUGCUGAGGGUCGUCUACGCACCUGGACUACUCGCUAUAUGUUUCAUAUACUUGCUUGACGAGAGCCCCAGGUGGCUCCUAACCAAUGGAAAGAAGGAGGAAGCUGUGAAAAUAAUAAGAAAAGCAGCAAAGCUUAACAAAAUGGAAAUAGAAGAAAAUUUAAAUAAGAUCUCAUAUGAAGUCAAUAAAGGACCGAGCUUCGCUUCAGUAAUAAGAGACACGUUUAAAUCUAAAUCGUUACUAAAGCGGUUUUUCGUUUGUGGCAUAUGGUGGGCUUCAGCCACUUUUGUGAAUUUUGGAUUGAUUGUCAAUUCUACUUUACUAGGAGGCAAGAAGUAUAUAAAUUACGGACUGUCAUCUGCAAUGAAGAGUCUGGGAAUUUUGUUUUCUGCAUACAUAAUUACCAAGUAUCAUAGAAAAGGCCCCUUAAUAUUCUGCUUCGUGGCUUGCGCCGUCCUUUGUACUGGACAACCAUUCUUACCAAAACAUCUUUGGCUGCAGAUAACCAACUACAUGGUGGGCUUACUGUUAUCGUGUGCGAACUUUUGCAUCGUCUACUUAUUCACGUCCGAACUUUUUCCGACUGAGUCAAGAAACUCCAUGCAUGCGUUGUGUUCGGCUGUCGGAAGGAUUGGCUCUAUUUUAGCACCACAAACGCCGUUAUUGAUGGCGUACUGGUCAGGUCUGCCAACACUAUUGUUCGGGGUGGUGUCCCUGAUCGCGGGACUCGCAACGCUGCUCGUGCCGGACACCGCUGACCAAUGUCUGCCGGACACGGUAUACCAGGCCGAGAAAAUGGAGGAUAAAAUCCUGACAGAAAGUCGGUCUUAAUAUAAUUUUGUGCACGUUU